UUAGCUAACUUUGGAGUUGAGCAAGGAGCGAGCGCACCCCUGUUGGUGAGAGAAUGCCAGUGCACAGGAAAAAGGUAGAGCAGCAUUGUCACAUCCAGUUGUGACAUUGCUGGAUAUGGCACGUUGCCCCAUAUCUCCAUCACCAAAACAUUUUUAAACAAUCUCAGGGACCUGUCAGUUCUUUCAUCCAAAGCUCCGUUAAUUUUAGGGUGGUAGCUGAUAGGCUACAUCUACCCAGCUUCUCCCCUCAGCCAAACAGUGACAGCCUGCUAUUGCAUUCACUUACGCAACGGACAGCUUCAGUCAGCCAGGGUGAAAUGAAAACACGCAUUUUAUAUUUCCAUGUUUGUCUAAUCCGUCUGAUUUCUGAAGGGAUUAACGGACCAAUCAUGAAUAUUGAGAGACCGCCUGUUCGCUCACUGGGAGCAGAUCACCGUCCGCUCGUGGACUCACUCCGUCUGAAGCUGGGCUGGCUGCCGUCAAACCAUAAGAACAACAACACAGGAGAAAGUUACUUUACUUUUUAUGACAAAUGUUUCCGACAGCUGGUCAGUCGGGUCAGAGGAUGCGCUCAAGCUAGCCGAUAAAAACUCCACUCUAUGGUGAAAGGAAGUUUCUGAUACUGGAUUUUAGUCCACUAAACUCAAGUUUGUGCCACAGAGCGCAGGUUUAGCUGUGGGUCGUUGUGCCUGGUCAAUUUAAGUCGGCACGGAAGGUGAGUUUCUUCAACUGUGGCGAAUUGCAUCUAAAUAAGACAUCACCAAGAUCUUUCCAGGUUCCAAUCAGACUUUUCCUCUUUGCCUUGCCAGCCAAUGGAGGAGGAAGAGGUCCAUAUCACACAAACAUUGGCUCCUGCCAGCUCUCCGCCUCUUUCAAGAGCCUCUGAUGACUGGGGCCUCAUCCUGAGUCUUGUCCCCAAGCCCAGCACACUCUCUCCCUCCUCUCCCUCAGUUUCCCCUCCCCCCCUCCCUCCUCCAGGCUCUGCCGUCUAUUCCCUGCAGUCCAAGGUGAAUAAUCUCUCACAGAGAACCGGAGGGAAAGAGAGAAAGAGGGAGAGGGUGAGGGAGGAAAAUAUGGCCUCAGAGCUCCAGAUAGAGGGAUCUGUCUCAUUCCAAGCCCUGCACAAACAGAAGGGCCGCAGCAGGGGGGAGGUGCCACCGCCUGUGCCCUUCCUGCACUUUGACCAGAGGAGGAGGUCCAGCAGUAGUGAAGACGAGGUAGAGGAAGAGGUGGUGGCCAGGGUACAGCUCCACACCGACCCGACUGAACCACAGAGGGAGAAGGAGAGCUGGGGUGCCAUGGGGAAGGGGGCAGAGAAGUGGGAGAGGGGAGGCCCGGCUGGGAGUGUGCCGGGGCAGCCUCGCGGUUUGGGGGAGGGGGCCAGCUUGGAGAACAUCCAGUCAGACAGCACCAGCGCAACCAAGGAGGACCUCCCUCCUUCUUCAAAGCCCGCUCCUGCAUCCUCCUCCACCUCUUCUAACUCCUCUCACAGACACUGGGCACCUCCUAAAGGAUUUUGGAGGGUAGCACGCCCAGAGACUCUGGUUCUGAAUAGGGUGAGCACUCAGUCUACUGUGGGCACUCAGACUACAAUGCCCAUACUCUCGUCUUUUGUACGUCUGAAGGAUGAACCCCCUGCGAAUGCCACCCUCUCAGGGCCCCAGAGUAAGUCAAGACUGGCUUCUGUGGAUUCUGUAGACGAGGACAGGGACGAGAGGGAAGGGUGUUGGAACAUGCUGCGUUCGGACAGCCUGGACUGCUACCUGGAGAGGUGUGAUAAGAAAGAAGCGAAGGAGCCUAUGGAUCCCGUGGGGGGGCUGUGGAGGGCGGAGAGCUGGGAAAGUGUGUGCUCGCAGGAAGGGACGCUUUCGCUGGGGGAUACAGUGGAGGCCAACCAGAGAGCAAGAGGGCGGUCAGUGAACAGACAAAGGAACACCAAGAGAGGAGAGGAGAAAGGCGGCGUGGACAUCCCAUACCUCUGUGUUGACCAGAUAGACAAGAGAGAUGUGUCUCCAGAUGCAUCUGCCUCCUGGAACAAUGAGUGGGAUUUAACCAUUCCACAACAGGAGCUGCUUGAACUUCCCGGCUCACACUUCAACCCUGAGGAACUUCCUCUGAGCCCGAGACAUGAGCAGGCCAUGCUCCUGCUGGAGAGGGCUCGGUUAAAAGCCCGCUUCAAUCACGCCAAAGGGGAACGGACUCAAACCCGCCGCUCCCAUUCUGCCCAGAGAUACAACCCCAAGAGGCAGCAGUCUGGGAUUGAUUCAGCACAGGUCCAAAAGGAUGUGGCUGUUAAACCCAAGGAAGAGCUGACUGCCCCACCCUCAUCAGGUCCACUCCUGGUCCCACAAAGCAGAGACCUCUCCCCUGGGGGGCAUAAUCGUCGGUAUGGUAACUCACCCACAAGGGUGCGGUUUGAGGAUGAAUCAGAGAAGGAGGCAGAGUCUCGCUACCUGGAUCGGGUGAGGGAGCGUGGGCGGGCCACGGGACAGAAAUCCAAGGGCACUCUGGAAAAGAAGGCGGAGUCUAGCAUAAGCAUUACAAGCAUUACUCCAAGACUGGAGGAUGUUGGUUUCACGAACGCUAAAUCUACCCAGGUAACAGAGGUAGUGGUGGUGUUGAGGAAAUGUGAGGCUUGUGGGUCCAUUCUUAGGGAUCCUCCAGUGCCCGAACCAGAGACACAGUCCGGCAAUGCGGAGGAGAAUCAAGGCAGGAAGGUCUCUCGCUAUGGCCCCCCAGCCCAAUCAGACGGGAUCCCCCAACCAGAUCAGCCCAGCAGCAUCCACCCCAAAGCGGCUGGGGUCACCUUCGGUGAGGUCCUGAUUCUGGGAGAGGAUAAAGAGGGCGGGGCCGGGGGUGGAGUGGGGGAGAGGUCCUCCGGUUUUGGGAAGUUGAGGAGGCGCAGCAGGAAGGGAGAGAGCCGGCUGAAACGGGUCGGCUCGGGACAUGGCCCCUAUGGUGCCUCGUGGGCCCACCGUCGAAACUCCAACCCCAGAAACAGGGUCAACGUGUGCAGGCGAGCCGUCACCUUUGCUCUAGGCAGUCCUGUAGCUCUGGACCGCCCUCUGGUGGGAGCCUCCGGAAACAGCAGCCCCAAGGAUAGUGACGCCCCCACCCCGCCACUGCCCAUUAAGUCAGCUCUGAAGUCAGGCUGCAAGAGCAGGGCGAGUGGGCAGUGUGUGGGAAAGCUCCUGCCCUCGGUUCAGUAUCAUCUCAUCAACCUGGAUGAGGGGGCAGGGGGAAGCCCACAGCAUGACCUCAUCACCACAGAGCAUCAUGGGGAGGGUCCUAUCUCUGCCCUCUCAGGGUCUCCCCCUAACACCGCCUUAGUCCCCUGCAUCCGACCAUCGUCCCUCAGGUACUCCCCUGCAAGGAUCACCCCUGACCUCCCCCCUGCAGAACUCUGGGAAACUGCUGCAGAUGGAGCUGGUCUGGCGCUGAGCGGAGACGUGUGUCGAGAUCUGCUGGUGGCUCUUCCAGAGUGCCGCCCUGCACUGCGCUGCUUGGGCGUGUCCCGAGCAGAGGACCUGAGGGCAGAGUUAUUGAGAGCGGAGCACCUGAAGGCAGAGGCUCAGUGGGAGGAUGGCCAAGAGGGGGCUCGGAGGUCUAUGGCAGAGCGAGACAGCAGACCCAAGCUAUCUCUGCGACGGUUCUUCUCCUCCAUCGGGCUGCACAGUGUGGGCAGGCUGGUGAAGGGAGGGCGCUCCAGCAGCAUGGAACAGCUCAGCAUCUCAGCACCGCGGGCCAGCUCCGCCUCACCCAGCCCCACCCACAGCCCUCACACCAACACCCGCCUGCAGAGGACCCCCUCACUACAGGCCCUGCACACAGUGUCCCCACUGGCCCAGCUUCGGAAAGCCUCCUCUGUGCAGAGUCUGGAGAGGAGAGUGGAGCGUUCUACCAUUCUGGGAGAGGUGUCUGUGCCUAACAGCCUGGCACCCAGGAUGAUCCAGAGAGCCCUGAGCGUGGAAGAUGUGUUAGCCCCUCGGGUGGUGCGUCCCAUGGGUCCAAUGGGUAGGGUCGUCCAGGCCUUCCCUGAUGGGACCCUCUGGUUGGAGCUCACCAGACCCCCUAACGGCCCUUUUGGGUUCGUCAUCUCACGGGGAAAAGGUCGACCGGUCACAGGUGUGUACGUGGAGCAGGUAGGGGACGGUACUGAGGAGGGCCUGUACUCUGGGCUCCUGGGUGUUGGGGAUGAGAUUCUGGAGGUGAACGGGGAGACAGUGGCUGGACUGACCCUGGAUCUGGUGACACGCCUCAUGACCCGUGACAGCACUGCCUCUAUCCGUGUCCUGCCACACCGUCGGAACCAUCGCUAAGCAAUGGAAUAUUCCAUUAUCCAUUUCAAUGAAAAAACACACUGGAUACUGCGCCAUGAUGAUGUCAUGACGAAAACUUGAGAAUGGAAAUAGGCAUAAAGAGAUAUUUUUAACUCAGGGAGAACAAAAGGAAGGACAUAACACAUCUCCUUUUCUAUUAUUAGGCCUAAUCUUUGAAGAUUCAGGCAAAUGUUUGUGAAUCAGAUAAAACAAAGCAUAACGAAAAUGUUGCCCUGAAGAUGCAAGUGAGAUGAUCGACAGUGCCUUCAGAAAGUAUUCAUACCUCUUGACUUAUUCCACAUGUUGUUGCUGCAGCCUAAAUUCCAUUGAUUAUAUUGAUUUUAUUUUCUCACCCAUCUACACACAAUACCCCAUAAUGACAAAGUGAAAUCAUGUUUUUAGAAAAUUUUCCUAAUUUAUUGAAAUUGAAAUACAGAAAUAUCUUAUUUACGUAAGUAUUCACACCCUGAGUCAAUAUAUGUUAGAAUCACCUUUGGUAAUUAUUACAGCUGUGAGUCUUUCUGAGUAAGUCUCUAAGAGCUUUGCACACCUGCAUUGUACAAUAUUUGCACAUUAUUCUUUAAAAAAUUAUUCAAGCUCUGUCAAGUUGGUUGCUAGACAUUUUCAAGUUUUGUCAUAGAUUUUCAAGUAGAUUUAAGUCAAAACUGUAACUAGGCCACCCAGGAACAUUCACUGUUGCCUUGGUAAGCAACUUGGUAAGUGUAUUGUUGGCCUUGUGGUUUAGGUUAUUGUCCUGCUCAAAGGGGAAUUUGUCUCCCAGUGUCUGUUGGAAAGCAGACUGAACCAGGGUUUCCUCUAGGAUUUUGCCUGUGCUUAGCUCUAUUCCAUUUAUUUUUAUUUAAAGAAAACUCCCUAGCCCUUGCCUAUGACAAGCAUACCCUUAACAUGAUGCAGCCACCACUAUCCUAGAAAAUAUAAAAUGAUGUGUUGUAUUGGAUUUGCCCCAAACAUAACACUUUGUAUUCCGGACAUAAAGUUAAUUUCUUUGCAACAUUUUGGGGUAGUUUUACAUUAGUGCCUUAAUGCAAAAAUGAUUUUGGAAUAUGUUUAUUCUGUACAGGCUUCCUUCUUUUCACUCUCAAUUAGGUUAGUAUUGUAGAGUAACUACAAUGUUGUUUAUCCAUCCUCAGUGUUCUCCUAUCACAGCCAUUAAACUCUGUAACUGUUUUAAAGCCACCCUUGGCCUCAUGGUGAAAUCCCUGAGAGGUUUCAUUCCUCUCCGGCAUCUGAGUAAGAAAGGACGCCUGUUUGUAGUGGCUGGGUGUAGUGGCUGGGUGUAGUGACUGGGUGUAUUGACCGGGUGUAUUGACACACCAUCCAAAGUGUAAUUAAUAACUUCAACUAGCUCAAAGGGAUGUUCAACGUCUGCUGUUUUUUUACCCAUCUAUCAUUUGGUUCCCUUCUUUGCAAGGAAUUUGAAAACCUUCUUGGAAUUUGUGGUUGAAUUUGCGUUUGAAAUGCAUUGCUCGACUGAGGGACCUAACAGAUCAUUGUACGUGUGUGGCACAGAGAUGAGGUAGUCAUUCAACAAUAAUGUUAAAUGCUAUUGCACACAGGGUGAGUCCAUGCUACUUAUUAUGUGACUUGUGCUGUUAAUUAAGCACAUUUUUACCCCUGAGCUUAUGUAGGCUUGCCAUAACAAAGGGGUUGAAUACUUAUUGACUCAAGACAAUUCAGCUUUAAAUGUUUUGUGAAUUUGUAAAAAUGUCUACAAACAUAAUUCCAAGUUCACAUUAUGGGGUAUUGUGUGUAGGCCAGUGACACCAAAUCUCAAUUUAACCAAUUUUAAAUUAAGGCUGUAACACAACAAAACGUGAAAAAGGGGUGUAAUUUCUUUCUGGUGUGAAUUCUUUCUGAAGGCACUGUAAAUAAAGACUGUAUAAUGAAUAUUGUGCGUUUCACAAUAAAUAGCCUAUUGUGUCAAAGGUGAAAAUGACAUCUGGUUAUUAUGAAUUGCCAGUUGCCUUAACUUGCACUUACUAUAUGCACAUUAGGGCCUUAUAUUUGGUCAUUUACACCAUGUUGUGCAACACACUAGUCUACCUUUUCCCACCACAAAGCCUACCUUGUCAUAACAUGAAGGAAUCAAAUUGCAAACUUUGUCGAAAAAGCUCAUUCAUAGUAGGUCUACUACCAAUGUGGUAAAAACGAUUCUCAAAAGUUAUUCAACAUUUAGGUAUUUUAUGUUAUUCUUAUUUGUUUUGUGUGGCAGUGUCUCAUUCUGCGAUCACGUUAUUGACUUGAAUGAAAUUCGUUGGGAAAUAGGCUGUUUGUUUUUCUCAGUCUGCUUCACCAGUAUGAUGCUUGUGACCAGUGAUCUAAAAGCACGUGAUAGUAUUUCGGUCGUGACAGUCAACUUCACAAGUCGCUAAAACAGAGGAAGGAAUUAUCAGUGCAAGUGGCUCAGGUGUCUCCAGGUGUUCUGUUUAACUUUACCUGAUUAGGGUUUCUCCGCUGUUUGAAACUUAUAAAGGUUUCUGAAUAUUAAAUGUCUCUCAACACGUCUUUGUAGAAUACACAUAUAUUAUUGGCCAAGUGUUUUAACCUAGGCCUAGUUAAGCAAUAAGCCGAUAUCCACCUCUAUUCUACGGAAGCCCUUAAGCCAGCGUUUUACAAACUCGGUCCUCGGGACCUCAAGGGGUGCGUAUUUUGUUUUGUUGCCCGAACACUAUACAGUAUCGAAACUCUUCCUCAGUAGUAUAUGCUUCUGCUUCCUUGCCAAAAAGAGGCUAUCGAAGAGGGGAGGGCUGUCUUUCGUUUGCCUACUAAUGAAUUUACACACUCCUCGACCACUUAUCGGUUCCUGGUAUUGGAGGAGAGAGGACAUAGGCCGAACUUUUGUCUCAACGAGAAACCCCUUAUAUAUCAUCCAGUGAUGGUGAUGGCGCUUUACUGCUGAUUUCUCCGUUCACUAAUCCGACGAAUGGAGCUGAUAUGGGUUUAUCUCUCUCACCCGUGUCUCCCCCGGGGGAGACCCGCUAAAUUUGCCAUGAAUCCCCGGUCUGGCAACUCCAUACAUAGGCUACAUAAAAACAAUGACACUAUGCCUAUCAGAAGUCCUUUGAUAUUGUAUCCAUUUGUACAUUCAAAAAUGUAGCAAAGUAUUGUUGUUUAUUAACGAAUAUAAUAGAGAUUAGACCUAAAUUCAACUGAAAUGUAUAUUACUAUAAUGAUUAUCAUUAUGAUUAUUAGGCUAUUAUUAUUGUAUGGCUAUUAAUUAUCAGGCUUACUCUAUAAAUGAUAGGGUUAUUUAGCCUAAUGUUGAUAUGCCCUUAAGCCGUAUGCACCACAAAGAUACACAUACUAUACCUUAAAUACAUGUUUGUUUGUUUUCCAGGGAAAAAAAUGGAUCAGAAACAUGUAAUCACCUCGAUUAACCUUUAGCCUAUUCCUCGCAUCGUUGUAGUUACUAGAGUUGCAUCCAUAUCUUUUUAUGCUUUGCCCUCCACAAGCCUAUAUAGCCUACGACAGCCAAAUAAUAAUGAAUCAUUUAAUAAAUAAUGGGUUUAGGGUCUUAUCGGGAACGAAGAGGCCGCUGCCGUGCGCUUAUCUCGCCUGGCCA